CUCUCAAUCAAUCGCCUACUCUCCCUCGCCAAUUGCUCAAUGUGAAAUGCCUAUGUAGGGAGUAGUCGUCUUUUAACAGACUUGCAGUCAACCACGUCCUUUAAUCCCGCAACUCCCUCGUAAUGGACUCGCCCUUCCGCAAAAGACCCCGCCUUUCCAUGUUCGCCGACCAGCCCUUGGACGCAGCACUUGACCAGGACCUCGACGCACUGCGCUAUCGGAACGACAAGCUACUGAAAUCGCGGUUCGAGUCAAUCUUUGAGAAAUAUACCCGCGAUUUCACUGGUGUCGGCGACGAGAUAAGCUUUUGGACUGGAGAAGUCGAGGUGAACAAUGGACAUCUGGAAGGGCUCAAGAAUGAAACAGAUACUGGUGCACAUGAAGACGCCAAAGCGAAAUCACUCUUGAGGGUCAUGACCGAAGCGACAGACGACGAAGAUUCAGACUUUCACAAUGAGGGGGCUGACGAAGUCAUGCAGAGUAUCGAGGAGAUGGCCGAAAAUGCCGCCGUAUCCGACGAGGACGAGGAUGAGGAGGAUGAAACGCCCCAGAACAGCGACGAAGAGCUUUUUGCUUCUGUACAGCCUCACACUUCGUUCGAUGAACCGUCAGAACCAUUCAGAAGUAGUAUUACUGCUAGGUCUCCAGUCAGCAAUUCCGAAGGCGACUCGCUUUUCGAAGUGCCAGACCCCAGAAGAUCGGAUAGUCCCGAUUCUCUGUUCGAGGUACAGGUCAAUCAAGAGGACUCUGCCUACAGGAAUACCACACAAUCUUCUACAGAGGCGCCGGCGGAAUACCGGGACAUCGACGAGCAGGAUAUCCUUCAGAAGUUCGGUCCUGAGAUUGGCCGCGAAGUCUUAGCUAUUGUGCGAACAACAAGAAACAAUGCAGAAGCCCACAUUGAGCCUGCAUGGCGCAUACCGGCCAAUGUGAUUCCGCCAAAGCCAACACGAUCUGCCUCUGCAUCAAAUACGCCACCACCUCCUCCCAAUCUUUCACCCCGAGGAGAUCAAGCAACUGCCUCACCUAGAAAUACCCGAUCCUUGUGGAAGGCGCCAAGGCAACGCAAAACAGCCCGAGAAAUGCACACGAUGCGUUUUAGAAGAAACAUCAGAGCAGACUCGGAAGACCCUCUGCAAGAAGAUUUCCAGGACGAGGGGGAGCAACCCCAGGGAGAGGCCAACCCCACCAGUGGUGACGAAUCCGAAUGGAACGAAGAAGAGCAGCAGCCAAGACUGCCGAACGCAAAGAAACGCAGAGUCGACGAUGAGAAUAACGCCGUGAUGGAAUCCGAAUUGGAUCACGACGAGCAGCAGCCAAGAUCGACGAAUUCAAAUAAAGGCAGAGUCGAUGAUGAGAACAUCGCCGCGAUGGAAUCCGAAUGGAAUGAAGAGGAGCAGCAGCCAAGACUGCCGAACGCAAAGAAACGCAGAGUCGACGACGAGAAUAUCGCCUUGAUGAAAGAAGGCAUAUGCUCGUUCUGCCGCGCAAAAUAUGCCUCGAGAGCUGGCGUCUUCCAUCACUGGGCUCAUCUGGUAGUCAAGGCUGACAAGACCGGAGCCGACCCUGACGAAGUGCACGACAUGGCGUAUAUUAGGGAAUACCGGUCUCUGAGUCACACUAAACCCAAGACACCGCGACUGGUGCUCUGUGACUUCAAGACGAUGGUGGAACUGCAUGAAGGCGCCGGUUUAUCAUUUGCCGAGAUCGCCAGCUGCAAAGUCCUCCGUACACGGAAGACCGCACCGAUCCUCAACGAGCUUUAUGACAGGUUCCGAACUCCACCUGGACAUAACGAUCCCCACGCGCGUCGCCAGUGGUCCGACGAGGAAAUGAAGACACUUGAAGACCUGUGCAACAAGCCGCUGCAAGAGCUUGGCACUUUCAGGCGCUGGUUGCGAAACUGCAGUGAUACUGACAUCGGCAACAAACUGGCAGAAAUGUGGUUGAAACCAAUUGGUGACCGCAGUGUACCGCGCGAGACUGGGUUAUUGGCAGGUAUCCAGCAAGCGGCCGGUCAGUAUGUUGGCGGAACCACUCUUGGCCCGGAGUACGUCAAGACCGAGGAUUCCGACGACGAAUUGUUCGCAGUGCGUUGAACGAAUUCAAGCCAGAGUCCUGCCUUCCAGAAUAUCCUCAAUGGUCGUUCGCGCUUCACCUCCAAUGUCACCUAUCUGAGCCCAGAACUUGGAAAGAUGUCGUGCGCCAGAAUCGCACAAGAUAGUCACGACGCGAUGGCCAGGACCAAUUUUCAACGCUGUUUGUAACGCAGCGACGCCUGUUAUGAUGUUAGCCUUCACGCGGAUACCCACAUAGUUGAUAGAGACACGCACAGUUGACUGCACUGCUGCUCCCGAUGAAUAUCCCAUCCUGUUCAAC